UGGAGCGUGAGGCCGCGGUGUUGGGGAGCCCGGGAAUUCCCUCCUGAAGUAGCGAGUCCCCGGCUGGCUGUGCCGUCGUCGCUGCCCCUCGGCGCCCGGGACGAGGAGGUGGAGGACGGAGAGGGCCCCACGGGCCUCCCGUCCGCCCGCCGCCCCCUCCCCGCCACCCUUCCCCGCCGCUGCGGCGACUCAUGCGAGCGCCGCUGGAGCGCAGAUUUGAUAAUGGGCUGCAUUAAAAGUAAAGAGAACAAAAGUCCAGCCGUUAAAUACAGACCAGAAAACACUCCAGAACCGGUCAGUACAAGUGUCAGCCAUUAUGGAGCAGAGCACACUGCAGUGGCACCAACAUCCUCCACGAAGAGCACAUCUGUUAAUUUCAGCAACCUUUCCAUGACACCAUUUGGAGGAUCCUCAGGGGUGACACCUUUUGGAGGAGCAUCUUCCUCAUUUUCAGUGGUGCCAAGUUCAUAUCCUGCUGGUUUAACAGGUGGUGUUACUGUAUUUGUGGCCUUAUAUGAUUAUGAAGCUAGAACUACAGAAGACCUUUCAUUUAAGAAGGGUGAAAGAUUUCAAAUAAUUAACAAUACGGAAGGAGACUGGUGGGAAGCAAGAUCAAUUGCUACAGGAAAGAAUGGCUAUAUCCCUAGCAAUUAUGUAGCCCCUGCAGAUUCCAUUCAGGCAGAAGAAUGGUAUUUUGGCAAAAUGGGGAGAAAAGAUGCUGAAAGAUUACUUCUGAAUCCUGGGAAUCAACGAGGUAUUUUCUUAGUAAGAGAGAGUGAAACUACUAAAGGUGCUUAUUCCCUCUCUAUUCGUGAUUGGGAUGAGGUAAGGGGUGACAAUGUGAAACACUACAAAAUUAGGAAACUUGACAAUGGUGGAUACUAUAUCACAACCAGAGCACAAUUUGAUACUCUGCAGAAAUUGGUAAAACACUAUACAGAACAUGCUGAUGGUUUAUGCCAUAAGUUAACAACUGUGUGUCCAACUGUGAAACCCCAGACUCAAGGUCUAGCAAAAGAUGCUUGGGAAAUCCCUCGAGAAUCUUUGCGACUGGAGGUUAAACUAGGACAAGGAUGUUUUGGUGAAGUAUGGAUGGGAACAUGGAAUGGAACCACAAAAGUUGCAAUCAAAACACUAAAACCAGGUACAAUGAUGCCAGAAGCUUUUCUUCAAGAGGCUCAGAUAAUGAAAAAGUUAAGACAUGAUAAACUUGUUCCACUAUAUGCUGUUGUUUCUGAAGAGCCAAUUUACAUUGUCACUGAAUUUAUGUCAAAAGGGAGCUUAUUAGAUUUCCUGAAGGAGGGAGAUGGAAAGUACUUGAAGCUCCCACAACUGGUUGACAUGGCUGCUCAGAUUGCUGAUGGUAUGGCAUAUAUUGAAAGAAUGAACUAUAUUCAUCGAGAUCUUCGGGCUGCUAACAUUCUUGUAGGAGAAAACCUUGUGUGCAAAAUAGCAGAUUUUGGCUUAGCAAGGUUAAUUGAAGACAAUGAGUAUACAGCUAGACAAGGUGCAAAAUUUCCAAUCAAAUGGACAGCUCCUGAGGCUGCACUAUAUGGUCGAUUUACAAUAAAGUCUGAUGUAUGGUCAUUUGGAAUUCUGCAGACGGAACUGGUAACAAAGGGCAGAGUGCCAUAUCCAGGUAUGGUAAACCGCGAGGUGCUGGAACAGGUGGAACGAGGGUACAGGAUGCCGUGCCCGCAGGGCUGUCCAGAGUCCCUACAUGAAUUGAUGAAUCUUUGUUGGAAGAAGGACCCUGAUGAAAGACCAACGUUUGAAUAUAUCCAGUCCUUCUUGGAAGACUACUUCACUGCUACAGAGCCACAGUACCAGCCAGGAGAAAAUUUAUAAUCCAAGAAGCCAAUUUUAUAUGCACAAAUCUGCCAAAAUGUAAAGAACUUGUGUAGACUUCCUCACGUACAGGAAUCAAAAGAAGAAAAUCUUCACCCUGCAUGUUUUUGAUGGUAAACUGGAAUUACAGAUGUGGUUGCACAAAACCACUUUUUUUUUUCCUAAGUGUUAAACUCUAAAGUACCAAUGAUGAAUUUUUCAGCUUAUUUCAGGGUCCAAAGAAAGUAUAGUUAAGAUAUUGAUGACUGUGUGAGUGAUAGCAUGACAAUGAGGAGCAACAAGGCUACUGUUUAUGAAUCACUACCUUUCUUUUAUUCCCCAAACUCAUAAUUAAGAGAAAUUUAUCAAUCAGUAUAGACAAAACUUGGGAGAUUAAAAAGUUAUACUAUAAUAAAAUCUAGAAUUACAGAACUUCACGGGACCAAACAAUUCCAUUCCAAUUUUUUAAAAUUUCUUGCAUUUAUUAUUAUUAAAAGUUUUUUCUAAGUUGAACAGUUAAUAUGCAACCUUAAUAUAUGCCUUUGUUUGCAUGGAAGUGGGCCAGGUCUUUAGAAGCAAAAAGGAAUAUAAACAGCAUCUAAAACUUGAUUAAAUGUUAGACAACAGCAGUGGAAUUUGAAAGUAUAAUGCACUAUGUUAAUACUCAGUAUACUCAUGGAACUGGAAAAUAGAAGAAAUUUUUCACUUUAAUCAUUUCUGAAUAGCUCAGUUUAAAAUAAUGAAGGUAACUAGAAUAUGGGUUAAUCUUUUAUAAGGUUGCACUGAUUUUUUUUAAAGGCAAUAUAUAAUUGAAAUCAUACUAUCCAACCCAAGGGGAAAUCUUUUAAUCUUUAGAUAGCAUGAAAAAAAAUAAACCCAGCAUUUAAAUAGUCCUUUUUGAAAAACAGACUGGUACUGUGAGAUUGCUAAUAUGUACUUAUGAUGAUGGGUGCCACAAAUAUAAAAUAUCACUAGAUCAGGGACUUGAAUGCACUUUUGCUCUUAUUGAAUAUAGACUAACAGAGAGGAAAAUGUAUUUAAAGAAAUAUGAGAAAAGAAAAUGUGAAAGUUUUACAGAUAGAUGGAAUGUAAUGUUUAAUGUUGACGUUACAGAGUGACAAAAUGGCUUUGCUGGCACUCAAAGCUCCUCACUUAUUUUCUGAGAUUUUAAGAGUUAUAAGGUAUGACUAUAAAACUAAUCUUUCUUAACAUAAAUACUAAAUGAGUGCUAUAAGCCUCAAAAUAGCUAAGUUAAGGCUUCCCACUAAUUCCAGUGAUACAGCUUUUAUGCAAAACAUUUUUAGAACUCCAGGUUUCAAAUCCAUGUUUGAAUCUACAUUCACUUUUUAAAUAUGCUUAAUGAUGAUCAUUUUUUCCCUUCGAGAAUUUAGUUGAUUUGAGGAGGAAAACAUAUUCGGAAUAAUAGCAGUGGUGAAAAGAGGGGGACAGAUUUUGCCUAUUUAAAGUACAGAAGUGAAACGUACAGAAUAAUACUGAUUUUCAUGACUAACUCAAAAAGAAAAUUCCAAAAUACGAAUUUGAAUAGCAGCAUCACUGGUUUAAGUGUCUAGCAAAGGGACUGAAUCUGACAAAUGAAAGUCUGGUAUUUACGUUUUAAAAUACUCUCUUUUAUAGUCACACUUUAAAUAAAGCAACACAUCAGGUCCCAGUAUUUUAGGAAUGUUAUUACUGACCACCAUCACAUACCUGAUUUGAUCAUUAAAUUUAAAAUUCUGUGCUGUGGUCUCUCUGUUGAGAUUCAAACCAUUUUAAAAUGUGACAGAUGAACUUCAUGCAGGUUGGCAACAGUUCUGGUACUAAAAAUUGUGGUGGCUUCUUAUGUUUACGUAACCUGCUUAGUAUUGAAUCCCUCUUCCAAGAGGGUUUUCCCAAGAAUUCUGCUGUCAUUACUUACCUUUAACGUCUACAACCUGUGACAUCAGAGUUUUAAAGGGCUUUGUGUGAACUAUGAUAUUACAAUUUUUCUAAGCAUUUUAAAAAGGAUAAAAUUAUAUGUUUAUGUACUAAUUCUCUUCAGAAAAAUAGGCGAGAAAAAGUUGAUGGUAUUCAUUAGGUUUUAACUGAAUGGAGCAGUUCUUUAUAAUAUCGAUUGUAUAGUUAGGAAAUAAAACACUAACUUAAUGUGUAUUCAGUUUAAAUGGUUAUGUAUUUUUAAAUUGCUGAGAAAAAUAAACAACUUUGUACAUUUGAAGAUUUUUUCCAACAGCUUUUUUUCUUCAACCUCUUAAUGUGUUUUCCUUACCAAAAGAGGAAGUUGGCAAAAACAGCCUUCUAGCACACUUUUUUAAAUGAAUAAUGGUAGCCUAAAACUUAAUAUUUUUAUAAAGUGUUAUUAUAUUGUUUUGUGGAUAAUUGAAAUAAAAAUUUUCAUUGAA